UCCGGGUCCAGUUUCCAUGGCGUCGUUGGCUCUGCUGUCACUCACCUAGAUUUCAUCAACGAUCACUUGACUAACUCUAACUGAUCGAUUAUACCCAACGGCUAUCGCUUCCUUCUCAUAAGAUACUGCACGGUCUCCUGAUCCUCCUCCGCCGACGCCGCCGCCCUCCUCCCAGUGUACAAUGGGCAAAUACAACCUCACAGCGCUUCGCGUGCGCGAAAAAGCUCUUCUGUCAAAGGCCACGCAACAGAUCAGUGUACUCCCCGUCUGGGCUGAUGUGGUCGGCGACAUUCCUCCCGCUCAAGUCCUUGUCCGAAACCAGGCACAUCAACAUCAACUCAUCCGCCAGCGUGUGAAGCAAGUGGGGGGAAAGAAUGAGGUGAUCUACAAGGUUCAAGAGAAGAAAGUCAAGUCGAAGAAGGCGAGCCGCGUGUUCCUGCCUACCGAGAUUAAGUACGAGGAGGAUCAGCUGCGUAAAGAAUUCUUCAAGGACCAUCCUUGGGAAUUGGCAAGACCUCGAGUCCUCGUUGAAACUACGGGCAAGGACGGUUUGAAGUAUGACUGGAAAAAGCUUCAGCAGCCAGGGAAGAGGCUGGAUGGUGAAAGUGUUGUUCAGCGCCAACUAUGGCUCCUGAACAAUGUCCCUAAUAUGACCAAGAGCCAAUCGUACGAUAUCGCACGUCGCGAAUUCUAUAAACUCCGUCUGCGGGAAGAUAUCGAACGACGAGUUGCGGCAGAAGAAGCCGAGGCUACUGGCGCUACUUUCGGACCUUCCUACUUAGAUAUCGGUAUGAACCUCGAGAACCAGGAGUAUGAGCGCUGGAAGACUUGGGCCAAGAAUGAAGCCCAGAUGCUGGCUUCGAGACGCGCAUCGAUUGUUGGUCCUUCCCUGCCGGAUAGUGAAGAACAAGCUCUGGGCGCGGAGGAGGACUCUGGGGAACUUCACCUCGAGUAGAUGAGUCGUUGGUAGACAUGAGAUGCAUUUGGCGUGGUGACUCUGCUGAAUAUGCCAUGUACAGUGGCCGCGGGUAGUAGUGAUGGUCAGCGUUACUGGGCUUAUGUAUGUACAAUACGGAACUGUUGAUAUCUCUGGGUUCAUUUUGCUUGCAAUAUUAUUUCUACGCCUUUUUAUUUUUAUUUCAUAUUUUAUGUUUCGUUCCCUCUUUUUUUCCGUUACGCUAUCCGGGC